GGUUAUUACUUUUCAAACAGAGCGGAAGAGUGAAUGAAACGGUGCGUCUCGACGAUCAUCGUGACUAAUCGGCAACUUCCCCACUGACCGUCGAAUUCGCUUUCUUCCAUCGUCGGUCGUCGCAGAUCUGAGUCCCCCCUCUCUCUGCGUUUGCAAUUCUACUCUCUCACCACCAGAUUCACCAACUUUGGCGUCGGGAUCAAUCAGGACAGUCGAUUUCAAGGACUGCACGGUAAAAAUGGUGCUGAUAUCGGUCGUUCGGGAUUAUGUUAACAAGAUGUUGCAGGACAUCUCCGGCAUGAAGGUUCUCAUCCUCGAUUCUCAGACGGUUAGUGUUGUUAGUGUGGUGUACUCACAGUCGGAACUUCUUCAAAAAGAAGUAUUUUUGGUCGAAUUGGUUGAUACCAUUUCUAAGUCCAGAGAAUCCAUGUAUCAUCUUAAAGCAGUUUGCUUUCUCAGGCCCACACCAGAGAAUAUACAGCUUCUGCGUCGCCAGCUGGCUAAUCCUAGAUUUGGGGAGUAUCACCUCUUUUUCUCCAACAUUUUGAAGGAAACUCAGAUACAUUUACUAGCUGAUUCAGAUGAGCAGGAUGUUGUUCAGCAAGUUGUGGAGUUUUACGGGGACUUUGUUGCCAUUGAUCCUUAUCAUUUCACCUUAAAUAUGUCAUCAAACCAUGUAUACAUGAUCCCAGCAGUUGUGGAUCCUCCAAGUUUGCAACAUUUCUGUGACCGAACUGUAGAUGGCAUUGCAGCACUUUUUUUGGCCUUAAAACAAAGACCUGUUAUUCGAUUUCAGAGGACUUCUGAUGUUGCCAAGAGGAUAGCACAAGAAGCAUCAAAACUUAUGUAUCAGCAAGAAAGUGGUUUGUUUGAUUUUCGAAGAAUGGAAGUUUCCCCUCUGUUGCUGGUAAUUGAUAGGAGGGAUGACCCUUUGACUCCCCUGCUGAAUCAAUGGACCUAUCAGGCAAUGGUUCAUGAAUUGCUAGGUAUUCAAGACAACAAAGUGGACUUGAAAAGCAUUGGGAAGUUUUCAAAGGAUCAACAGGAGGUCGUGCUAUCGUCAGAGCAAGAUUCGUUUUAUAAAGCUAACAUGUAUGAUAAUUUUGGAGAUAUUGGGAUGAAUAUCAAGAAGUUGGUGGAUGAUUUCCAGCAAAUUGCCAAAAGUAACCAGAACAUACAGACAAUAGAAGACAUGGCCAAAUUUGUUGAUAAUUAUCCAGAGUACAGAAAAAUGCAUGGUAAUGUUUCAAAACAUGUGACGUUGGUAACAGAAAUGAGUAAAAUAGUUGAGGAGCGAAAGCUUAUGAUAGUUUCACAGACAGAACAGGAAUUGGCUUGCAAUGGUGGGCAAGUGGCUGCUUUUGAGGCUGUUACAAAUCUUUUAAACGAUGAGAGUAUUUCUGAUAUAGACCGUCUGCGCCUAGUAAUGUUGUAUGCCUUACGAUAUGAGAAGGAGAGCCCCGUCCAACUGAUGCAGCUUUUCAAUAAAUUGGCUUCUUGUUCUGCCAAAUAUAAAACAGGGCUUGUUCAGUUUCUUUUAAAACAAGCUGGUAUUGAUAAGCGAACAGGCGAUCUUUAUGGGAAUCGAGAUCUUUUGAAUAUUGCUCGUAACAUGGCCCGUGGAUUAAAGGGGGUUGAGAAUGUGUACACUCAGCAUCAACCUCUUGUGGUCCAAACCAUGGAAAGUAUAACUAAGGGAAGAUUGAGAGAUGUAGACUACCCGUUUGUGGGGAAUCACUUUCAGCAAGGAAGGCCACAAGAAGUUAUCAUUUUUAUUGUAGGUGGGACAACAUAUGAGGAGUCGCGUGCUGUUGCUUUACAAAACGCAGCUACUUCUGGCACACGUUUUAUACUGGGUGGUUCUGUGGUUCUAAAUUCUAAGAGGUUUUUGAAGGACUUGGAAGAAGCUCAGCGGAUAUCUCGUUCGACCGCAACUGUGAUAUGAAUGAAGCUCAACAGCCACCCUGCAAAGUAACAACUUUCCUUUAUGGGAGAUUUCCAUUUGGUUGCAGCCAGCCACCACAUGAUUUGCAGAGAAUAGAAGGAAGAGCGGGUUACAGGAACGUAGUUUGCUAAUAGAACCCCGAGAGCCGCCUGGCCUCAGUCUCAUCGAUGUCGUUAUUUGUUACCAAUCUGCACAAGUGGUAGCAAGUCAGUUAAGUUUGUAGCUCAAAUGUCCCAUCUGUCGCAUACAUAUAGAUAAAGCUGUCAUUCUUUUUGUAUAUUUGGAAACAUGAAACUGAAACUCAUGCCAGAUGUAGUACUACUUCUCCUUAAGAGUUUUGCAGUAUAAGAAAAGCCAAUGUACUCUUCCACACCACACCCCAGACCAGUUGGUAAAAAUAAUUGAUAUGUUUAGCAUUUAGACAUGUAGAUUAUGGAAUGUUAGCUAAUACAUUUUUGUUACUCAUAAUCCGAGUUGUAUUAUUUC